AUGAAGCGUGUCUGUGAGGUUGAGCAUGGAGGGCGAGUUGGGCUAGAUGAUGCGGAGAAGGGCCGUGGCCGAGUAGGUAGCCGACGAGAAACCAAAGUGCGGCGCAGGGCCAAAGCCGGCUCGCAGUUUGUGUUGCCCGGUGGUCCGUACCAACAACGUGGGCGAGCAUGGAUGGGGGUGGCUUGGUAA